AUGUCGCAAUAUCCAAACGGUCAACAAGCCUACUACGGCCAAUCUCCAAACCCCCAAGCCUCUGUCCCACCCUCUACCAGCCGCUAUGAUGGGUAUGCGCCCCCAAACCCCGCGCCGGACCAACACCUGCCUCGAAGGAUGCCGAGCUACAAUGCUGGGGAUGACUCUGGAUUCUUCAACCCUGCCCAGGCCCACAAUAUGAGAGCGACCGAAGAAAACAGACAGUAUUCUGCACAAGGAGGUGGUUAUGGUGAUAGCGCAGUAGAUGGUGGUUACAACGCUCCGCAGGGAGCCUUUCAAGACGACAGGGACUCGAGAUAUUCGCGGACUUCUUCGGACACCAUGUCACACAUGGCUCCGAGUCGCGCCUCUUCGCAAACCUCCAGUAUGUCUUAUCAGUACCAAUAUUCUGGAGCAGCAUCAUCAUCCCAGCCGGCCUACAACCCGCAGCAAUACGGCCUUCCACACACGCAGUCGCAACCUGUCCUCGCUUAUAACCCUCAGACGUACACUGGCUCCAGCGCUUCUUACGCUGCUCCAGCCUCAGCCCAUCAACCAUAUAAUCCUGCGGCAUACCAGUCUGCCACAGUUUCGGGAAUGAGCUCCCCGGUUCUACCUAGAAGACAGAGCGCAGCUUCACACUACGGGCAGACACCGCCAACUCCACAAUCGUACGGCUUCUCCCCGCACCAACCACCGCUUCCACCGCCGAGGAGCGCUGAUCACCCAUAUGGAGGACGCUCGUACCAACCCAUGUCACCAAACCCCUUGUCGCCGAACCUCUCGCCUUCUUAUGUGCCGUCAAGCUCCCCGGGCAUAAUGCAUAUGCCUUCGGUCACAUCACGUCCUUACUACAGCAAUUCGCAAGGGGCCGCAUAUGACCCUCCAGUUCCCCAGUACAUCCCAGCAGUUCCAAGCGGUUCCUUCGAAGAGCAGCCUCCGGCGCCUCCAGUUCAUCAGACUCAUGCAAACGGCCUGUACGGCAAUCGGCCAAGCGUAUCCCAUUCAGGGGCAGGGCGAACCUUGCCGACUCCUCCUGUGCAGUCGGAAUUGCCAAUGCGGACCGACACUUUGACCCGACACCCCCAAUCGCGACCUCUUCCUGGACCACCGGUUGAUGAAUCCAGGACAAAUGGCAACCGCUUACCAGCCGAACCUCCCAUGGCAUAUGAAGAUGUACUCAGAGAGGAUGAGGCGGCGGCAUUGGGCUCUCAGGACUUUGCCCGGCGCCACAGCUCUAGAGCAUCCCAUGCUAGCUCUGUUUCGCGCAUGCACUUCUCGCCUGAUGAGGAGCACACCCACACCAACGAUAAUACGGAGCCAGGUGCAGGCCAUAUGGUGAAUUAUGAUGCGUACAGUGACGGAAGCGAUCCAGAGGCUACUGCUGGCUUGAUUAUGUGGCAAGAAGACAUAGCGCGCGAGGAGCGUCUUCAAGGGCGGAUGCGACGUGAAACCAAUGCAUCAGGGUCCAACAUAUCGCCAGGAGGGCAUUCACCACACUCCGAUCCUCACAGAGAUUCCGAUUACGGCGGUCAGGAUCUAGCACAGCUGGAAGGAGGCUAUCAAGCAAACAUCCACUAUGGUGAAGAACACCCAUACCCCGCGGGCAACGGAUUUUCAGGCACAUCUGGUUCAUUCAGAAGCCCUGUGUCUCUUGAUGGCCGUGGUGAGUAUUACGAUGAAUACAGGCACCCGUCUAUUGCAUAUGACUAUGCAAAUCGCCUCCACCAUGCGCCAGCUGAUGCCAGAGUAGAUGCCAGUGGUACAGGGGGAUUGACAGCACCUGAUGCUUACUCCCGACGGAUGAGCUUUGACUAUGGCGAUGAAGGAGAAACACCAUAUCAGACCCAUUCUGGAGAUCAAUCCGACGAUGAGAGCCCUCACCGAUCCGCAGCCGAAGAUCUGUUCUUCCACCCUGGAAUGCGUCCGUUACCACCAGCACCUGUUGGUCCUGCUGGAAAUGUUGACCUUCAGUCAAUUUUGAUGCCCGCGGGUACAUAUAGCCGCGACUCGGAGCAGCAGGAUGACUUGGAUAGUUAUUCACAGUAUAACCCCUCCCUGCCAACCUCUGUGGACCAUUAUGGCGAUGCAUUGCAGAGCCAGUCCCAAGUUCCGCGGUCGUCAUCUUUGUCGACUCCUAUUGGGCCGCGCACUGAUGCGCCUAUGAGAUCGAAGACCGAUGCGGACCGGAUCAGAUAUAGACAGCAGCAGCAAGAACUCCUCUUACAACUUCGACAAAAGGAACUACCUCAUAUAGAUCCAGCAGCAGCGUCCGCGGCUAUGACGCUGGAUCUGCCAAGCAUCCCAGCUGGCCGGCGCAAGAAGUUCCAUCCCGCGAAGCUGUCAUCAGAGCAAUUCAAGAAAUGUAGCGAGCCGUGGGCUUUGAGUUCUCUCUUGUCCUGGAUUAGAGACCUGAGUGAGGAUGAAACAGACCUUAGAGAACAAACAAUCGCCGAUGCCAUGGUCGCAUUGUUCACUCACAAAGUUCCCACAAUGAAUAUUGCUGAUGCUGAGACGCUGGCGGCGCGAGUUGUGAGCGGUAUGCUUGAAGAGGGAGCAUUGGUAAAAGAAGAAGAAUGGGUCAAAUUCGGCUCAGGCACUCUUUCGGGUAUACUAUUCCAGAUUACCGGCACUGGAUGCUACUCUCCUAGACUCCACUUACAUGAGAUGCACAUUGAGGAUACUGAUAGUUUCGGUCGAUGCUACUCGCACCACUGUAUGCGGACACUGAAGAAGGUCAACCUCAAGGCACAGAUGAUGGCACCGCAGAAGAAAAUCGAGGACUGGGUCACUUUCUACAAGGUGCCCAAGGAAGUCUGGGAAGCUCAUCCGAAGAAAGAGGUCGAUCGACAGAACAACUUGCACGAAAUUGUCACUACAGAAGACUCCUACAUCGCGCAACUGGAUGUGCUACGAGAACUUUAUCGUGACCAAUUGGCCAGAAUGAAUCCUCCGAUUAUCCCGGCAAAGCGAUUGCCCAAAUUCUUGGCUGAUGUGUUCGGUAAGGUUGAUGCCGUGAAGAGAGUCAACGAGGAUUUCUUGCUGGCGCAGCUUAAAUACCGUCAAAAAGAACAAGGGCCUUUCAUCUCGGGAUUCAGUGACAUUUUCCGGGAAUGGAUCCGCAAAGCUAAGAAUGUUUACAUCGACUAUGCUGCAACUUUCCCAACAGCAAACUAUCUUGUGCGCAAAGAGGCCGAGCGCAACCCGCACUUCAAGCAAUUCCUAAACCAAGCGCGGGAGCAUAAACUAUCAAGUCGACUCAGCUGGGAUACUUUCCUCAAAGCCCCGAUUACCAGAAUUCAACGGUAUACUCUUCUUCUGGCGACUGUGCACAAGAACAUGGUCAAGGAUACCGAAGAAAAGACAAAUUUGGCACAGGCCAUUGAAGAGAUCAAGGUCGUGGCGCUGGAGUGUGACAACAAAGUGGGAGAAAUGAACAAGAAGGCCGACUUGAUGGAGCUGGCAUCCAAGCUGCAAUUGCGACCCGACAUGAAGAAGGAAGUUGAACUCAACCUGGAACACUUGGGUCGACAGAUCAUUCAUCGAGGCGAGCUGCAACGUCCUGGAACCCGCACAAGAUUCCUUGUCGAUACACACGCCAUCCUGUUCGACCAUUACCUUGUGCUUGCCAAGAUAUUCACAAUGCGUGACCGUGCAGUGAAGUAUGAGCGAUACGAUAUUUCAAAACUUCCUAUUCCAAUGGACCUAUUGGGCCUUGAAAGCACCGACGAUGACCCUGUGAUCAAAUCAUCGGUCAGGGGUGUGGCGACUGUGACACCCUCCCAAGCGGGUGCUGCCAGCCCUCUUGCGCAUUCAGGGUCUGGUGCAUCUGGAGGAAACGGGACUGUUGACAAUUCAAAGGACGACAAAAUCCUAUACCCUUUCAAAAUCAAGCAUUUAGGCAAAACUGGAACAUAUACCCUCUACGCUUUCUCGGCACAAAGCCGCGUGGAAUGGUGCCAAAAGAUCAUCGAAGCCAAGACAAAGCAUGCUGCUGCUCUCUUCUCGCAGAACGCCGAGCCUUUCCGACUACGUGUGCUUGCGGACACUGCGUUCGCAUACUCUGACCAUGCACCCGGCUCUAAAAGUGUCACCAUCAAAGGAACCCCUCUCCAUCGUGCGAUCAAAGAAGUCGAGAAACAGUAUGAAUCCUCGAAGACUCGCCCUGCAGCGGUAUGCAGGACUGCAGUCAACUGUGCCACAGUGUUCCAACAGCCGCCUGGGCGCAUUAUGUGUGCAAUUGGCACAGACUAUGGAGUGUACAUGUCUGAGCUCAAUAACCCGCGGGGCUGGUACAGAGCUAUUCCCAUCACACGUGUCACGCAAGUCGCUGUGUUUGAGGAUUUCAAUUUGCUCUUGUUGAUUGCAGAUCGGUCCUUGAUUGCAUACCACCUCGACGUGGUCUGUCCCGCUAGUGGGAAAGCCUCCCAGUCAUCUCAGGAUUCUGCUCGACGAGCCCCGCAGAAGCUGUCUGGAAACCGUGAAGUUGGUUUCUUUGCUGCUGGUCGUCUGAAGGACCGGUAUUUGGUCCUAUACAAAAAGCGCGAGGGACUAUCAUCUACAUUCAAGGUUCUCGAGCCCGUCCUGCAAAAAUCAUCCACAAAUAAAAGCCGCCUGUUCUCUCGUCGUUCACAAACGGAGUUCUUCCGCGAUUACGACGAGUUCUACAUCCCUGCCGAGACCUACCGAAUUAACAUGUUCCACUCAUCUCUUGCCAUCUCGACCCAAAAAGGCAUUGAAGUCCUCACCCUCGACAAGAAACAUUCAUGGUCUGUCCCAGACUUCAGCUCCAACGAUACCCAAGAUGCCCACGAUACCCUACACAGCAUCGCCAACCGCAUCAGCGGGCUUAAGCCACUAGGCAUGUUCCGUCUCAGCGAGAGCGAAUUCCUAGUAGCCUACCAGCAAUGCGCUGUGUACGUCAACAAGCACGGCGACGUCUCCCGCAGUGUCGUCAUGGAGUUCGUGGGCAGUGCACACACAGCCUGUCUCUAUGGCAAGUUCCUAAUUCUCUUCAACGAGGACUUCGUCGAAGUCCGCAACGCAAUGAACGGCCGUUUACGGCAGGUGAUUCCCGGCCACAAUGUCGUCUGCAUCGACGACGGCAGCAAAGUACCUGGCUCGCUCAAUGGAAAUGCUCAGGCCAGCACCGGUGGCUCGAUGAGUCUUGCCAGUGGUUUCUCCGGCGCCGGCAAUGGCUCUCCAGCCCCCACGGGCAUGGGCAACACGGUCAAAAUCUGCAUGCAACAUCCAGAGUAUGAGCGGAGCCAGAUUGUCUUGGAGCUUCUCGAAAAUGAGGGCCAAAAAGACUGA